UCUGUGUCUUGUCAGUUUCAUCACGUUCGCUGUGUGUGGGGAUGGAUUAUCUGGGCAGCAGGUUUAAGAUUGUCAAGUCCCGCUUGAUGUGGGGCCAGAGCGAGCCGACGCCAGUGACGUUGUCGCCCGUCUCUGCGCCUGCAUCGAGCUUUUAUGCGCGGCGUGCAGUCGCAGUGGAAGCGGACGACGACGAGGACGCGGAUGAGGAUUUGAUGGCAUCGCCGCCAGCGCGGGCGAGAGUGACGACCAAGCGCCGAGCAGCUCGCGAUUCCGACCACGACGAUGAUGAUAACGAUGGUGAUGAUGAUGAUCACUAUCGUAACGGCGAAGAGGAGGACGGCGGCGAUCGAAGCGAGGACGACGACGACGACAACAACGGCAGUCGUUUGAAACGGCGCGCCGCCAAUUUGAAAAGUGCGCGCCAGAAUCGCACUGCCGUCCGCGGAUCCGCUGCGACCAAGAGCGGGAGUGCGACGAGCGUAGCCACGGGACGCAAGGGCGCGCGGGCUGCGGCGGCCAAGACGCCCAGGACGACCAGCCGAGCCAAGGCAGCCGUUGUUGCUGCAAACUCUGACCAAGAUGACCAAGAUGAUGAGCAUGAUGACGAUGAAGAUCAAGAACAAGUGCGUCAGGCAAAGACCAAGACGGCUCAGGCUCGGAGCACUGUCGCCGCCGCCGCCCGCCGCCGCGCGCCCGCAAGUCAAACGCGUUGCUCAGGAACGGAACGACAUGCCGGCAGCUGCUGCUCGUGCAGCACGCGUUGGUCGCGCAGCCGAUCGUGGUCGUGGUGCGUUUGCAAUGGACCAAGAUGAUGAUGAUGAUGAUGAGGAUGAGGAUGAGGACGAGGAGGACCAAGCUCUCCCAGCUCGCAAGCCCGCUGCACGCAUCACGGCGUCCGCCAAGGCCACCGCCGCCAAGACAGCUGCAAAGGCCCCCGCUAAGGCUUUGGCAGCAUCGUCGCCACGAGCGGGCAAGGCCAAGGCCAAGGCCACCACCGGCACCCCGUACGAAAUCGCCUGCACAGCCAACCAAGCGCCUGUCGUUCCUCCGAGCUCCACUGCCAUGCUGGUCACUGUCGGAACCGUGCUGACCGAUUUUGCCAAGAAAGAGUAUCAAUUGACACGUCUGCUCGGCGUUGGCGGCCAUGGCGCCGUCUACGAAGCCAAGCCGAAGGACGGCACAGGAUCUGUAGCGAUCAAAAUCGAGCCCAUCCACACAAAGAAAGCCAAUCCUCUUGACUCGGAGAGCAAGAUUUACCAAACUCUGGGCAAGCAGGACAACAUCGACAAGUUUGUCAAGUCGCAGCGAGGCGUCUCGUCGGUCGGCAUGCCGCUCUAUCACUCCUACGGCAAGUUCACGACCUCGAAGGGCCAGCCAAGUCAGUUCAUCGUCGUGGCACUGAUGGGACCGAGCAUUCAGCAGCUGUUUGAGCUGACCGGCGCCUUCACCCGGCCUACCCUGGACUACAUUGCCAACGCUGUGAUCCUCGCGUUGCAAUAUGUGCACUCGUUUGGUUUUGUGUUUGCCGACAUCAAGGCGUCCAACCUCAUGCUCGGCGCCCCCGGCUCAAGCAACGCGCAGGAUGUGUACCUCGUCGACUUUGGCAUCGCCGAGCGCUACAUGUUUGGCGGAAAGCACGUCGUCUAUGACAACAAGAAGAAGGCUGCGUUCGACGGCACUCUCGAGUAUGCCUCCACCGAUGUGCACGAAGGCUACAUCUGCUCGCGCCGAAGCGAUUUGCAGUCGCUCGGAUUUUUGCUCGUCAAACUCGAGCUUGGCGCGCUCCCUUGGGCCAAGCAAACACAAAAGAACGCAGUUCUUGCUGCCAAGCAAGCUCUUUUGGCUGAUCCGCGCAGUUUCAAAUGCUCAGCUGCCUUGACACGCUUCUUUGCGUUGGUGGAGAAGAUCAAGUACACGGAGGAGCCGAACUACAAGGAGCUGCGCGAUCUCUUCCCUGUCGACAAAAAGGCUGUUUUGGACUGGCAGUAGCAGAUUAGCUGUUUUUUUUUGUGUGUGUGUUUCCCUCUCUCUCUCUCUCUCUCCCCCCCCCCACACACACACACACCGCCUCGUCGAUCUAGUUGCUGAAUGUUCGUUUGUUGAGAUUGUUGCUCGCUGUCCAUUGCAUGACUUCAAGUCAAAAAUUCGCUCAGUCCAAUGUUACGCAACGGCUGUUUCGCUGUUUCACUU